UUUAAAUUUUCAGAAGAUUUUAUUUAUAUUAUGUUUUUAGUUUUGUGUUCGUUCGUUUUUACUUUACUCUUUUCCAAUGGACUGUCGAUGAAGAAGAUAGUCGGUGGAAGUAUGGCAUUUCAAGAGGAUUUUCCGUAUAUAGUCAGCCUACAGUGGAAAAACAGACACCACUUUUGUAGCGGAAACCUGCUGUCUUUGAAGAAAGUCCUGACGGCCUGCCACUGCACGAGCAUAUUCUUCAACCACGAGCACAUCCUGUUCGAUAGAGAAGACGUGAUAGUCGUCGGCGGGGUGUUGAAACUGAAGAACAACAUAGACGAGCAGAUACGACACGUCAAGGAGCUCUUGCCCCACGAAAAGUGCGAAGAACAGGUGUACAGCUGGAGGUUCGACUACGCCCUGUACAUCCUGGAUGCGCCUUUUCAGAAACAUUUCAAAGGAGGCGUGGUCUCCACGGUGCCGCUUUAUUCCACAAACAGGAUAAAGGCGAUCGAGAAAUUGGAGAAUAUGUCUAAAUCGUCUCAGGUGUGCAGAACCGCCGGCUGGGGAAAUCAACUGGUAGUUGAAAACGGCACCGUCUAUUCGACACUCUCGGAAUACCUUAAGGUCUUAGAUGUCACUCUGCUCUCGAGAAAAGACUGCUUGCUCAUUCUGUGCAGGCCUCCGAUGUGCCGUUGUUUGGACGAUGGCGAUCUCCAGAGGAAGACUCAGUGGUGCGCCAUCGGCCCUGAUGAACAGGACGUCUGCGAAGGGGACUCUGGCGCCCCUUUGAUCUGCUCGGGCUUCCUCUUCGCCAUCCUGUCAUGGGGGCCCGCCUGCGGAGAAUGGACCUACCCCUCGAUGUACUCCGGAGUCUACGAAGUCCUAGACUUUUUGUCUUCAGACGUCUCCAUGCUCGCUUCAAGUUCCUACACUCUAUUAGAAAUCGGCUUUUUCGUCCUCAUCUUGAUACUACUUUUUUAACAACUUUAAAAAUAAAAUCAAUCUUUUUGCAUUGUAA